UUCCAUCUUGUAUUCAUCCGAAGAUUUCUCACAAUCCAUCUCCACAGCUUGUGGUCUUGCUGCACUCCACUGCAGGUCCGAUAAAAGCCAAAAAAAGCAACCAAAACGCCACUAACCAAAGGAAUCUACCAUCCUUUGUGUGAUCGACCCGCUGUAUCUCCUCUUGCAAUUCCGUCCCUGGUCCCUCCCAGAUUACCAAAAAAAGAAAGACAAAGUAAAAAGGAGCAUCGCUUGCACCUUGGCACCAUUGUCCAUUUGCUUGUCAGUACCUGCACUUCAGAGAUCCGUCGGCCAAUUAGCGACGAGGGAAGCCAGCCAGCAAGCAACGAAUCAGACGACAGACCAGCAUCGCUCCAGAAGCCUACACCCUCAUACACCGACAUUGCACUCACACACACACUUACGAGGGCUAGCCGGUGAUUCAACGUCAACGGAAUCAACAGUCAACAGUCCUCAGAUCAUCUAGUUAUUUAUUUUUCAGUUAAGUCGAAAGCAAGAUCUAUAUAACAAUGUUGCAAGAGAAUGGAAGUGGUUUAGUAUCCGAUCAACCAACCGUCACUGGCGAUCAGGUAUCAGACGUCGCUAUGCCUACCAGGCUGCCCACUCCACCAGCUUCACCCACUGUCCCACAGCUCAUCCUCUGUGCUGAUGGAGGGGGUUCCAAGGUGUGUGUGGUGGUUAGGAGUGCGGAUGGGUUAGAGGUCAGAGGCACUGCUGGGCCCUGUAAUGUUCAAAGUGUUGGGUAUGCAGCGGCUACUCAGUCACUCCUUUUGGCCACCUAUCGUGCCCUUGCCCAACUACCUCGCUCUCACAUCCCACACAACCUCCUCAUGCCCUCGAUUGACCUUUCUGACAGCACGCGUUCAUCUCCUCAACUUCAAGCCGUCCCCAUGAUACUCAAAAACCAACUGCCCUCACCACCUUCUUCCAUUGGUUCAAAAUCUGUGGUGAUUCAUAAUCUUCCAUCUGUCAUGAACAACCUCACACUCGAACCGCCUUCUGCUUCUUCUUCCUUCUCCUCUUCCUCUUCCCUCCCCCCUUCAUCAUCGCCUUCUACAACCCAUUCGUCUCCCACGUCAAUCCCCUUGACGCACCUCUCGUCAUACCCGACCUUGACGGACAAAUCAAUAUCCACGCCAAACCCAGGCAACCCCACCCCUCGCACGCGCUUACCGCCCCUUAGUGUACCGAUCUUUCAAUACGCGUGGCUGGCGUUGGCUGGAAUAUCGUGCAAGGCAGAUGAACAAGCUUUUGCAAAGGUCGUCUGUGGAGUCUUGGGUUUAGAUAUGGAACGGCUCAAAGUUACGAAUGAUGUAAACCUCUUGGCGGCACCAGCACUCGACCUUCCGGACAUAGACCAUGUAAUUGCACUUGUCGCUGGGACAGGGACGGUAGGACGGGCGAUCAAAGUUGGCGAUAAGAAGCGAGGGUUGCCUCUGGAAGAUGUUGCCAUGUCCCGAGGUUGGGGUUAUUUAUUAUGCGAUGAAGGAUCGGCAUUUUGGAUCGGUCGGUUAGCUAUUAGAGCCCUUUUAUCUCUUUCCGACCGCCAUGCUUCAUCGGGCAUCUAUUCCUCCCCUCCACCGCCUUUCCUGCCCCUUCACAACGACCUCCUAGCAUACUUUGGAACGUCCAACCCCCUCGACUUGAUCAACGUCGCAUCGCUCACUGCGUCAGGGAUGGCAGAGCCUACCGAAAGUGUGGGCGAAGCGACGAGCCGGAGGAACGCUUUACUAGCAGGUGCAGCGAGGGUGGUGUUCAAACACGCUUUCCCAGGGGAUGUUAGUCCCCGCCCAGGAUUCCUUACGCCGCCACGCAGUACAGAUGGAGGUGCUGAUAUGGAUGAGGAUCAUGAAAGCACGUCGAGUCCUCGACAGCCGGAAGAGUUGAAGCACGAUGGUAUUUUGGAUCACGCGUCCCACCUUGAAGCACUCGGUAUCGCACGUCAGGCAGCCGCGCCGCUUAUUACGCUUACACUCUCGCUCCUUGGCGACCGCACAAUCGUCAGACCUGAAAGGUCAGCGUUAACACUUGGAGGCGGGCUGAUGAUGAGCGAGGGAUACAGAGAGAUGCUCUUGGAUGGAUUGAAGAAGGAGGGAGUGAGCUUUGGACGGGUGAUGGUGGUGGGUGACGCUGCUGGUGAAGGGGCCCAGGCUCUUGGUAGAGUUGAGUUUGAGUGAGAGAUGUCUCUGAACUGGUAUUAUUUGUGUCUGCAUUUGUAGUAGCUGCUCCUGGACGCUAUUAUAAUCCAUACCAUAGCGAGCUAUAUAUUUCUAUAUACCAUGCCUGUCAGGUUACUUACCGUCGUCAUCGUUUUGGUCUUUGGCGCUGUCACCCACGUUGUACGACGAGUUUGCGUAUGAAACGAUGGAUGGUGUUCUUGUCCGUGAAACACGUCUCUGUGCAUGUCGUCGUUCAUCCUCGGAGAGGGGUACUUGUAACGCUGCGGG